CACACACACACACACAGGACUCACUACUGCCGACUGGCGGCUACUUUCUUUUGUUGGACUGGACUCAUCGUUGAAAGGUUGAACGAACGUGACUUGGCCAGAUAUCAAUAUGGGUAAGACGGCAAAAAGACAGGCGUUACAAAGAACUUUAGAGCGGUACAUUUCUGAAACCUUAUCCAGCAUUCGUGCCAUCAACCGUUUCUGUGCCCAACAAGACAAUUGGUCCCAAAAGAGAAAUGAGGAGAUAACACAGAUGGGAAAAAUCCAGGCUGAGGCCAAGCGCAAAGGCUUUAGAAAGUUUCUGAAGGGCGUGAUAACUGGUGACAGCGGACGUCAAGGUCUGGAGAAGGAGCUGGGGGAUGUUCUAAAAGGCACUCUGGAAGGGAUUGAGCAGUUGCAACCCUUUCUGGAAGCUGUGGAGAAGCUGGCCGUCACGUCACUCUAUGCUUUCACCGAUGACCACCACUUACCCAGAGGAGCCAAUGCUGCGGAUGUCCGUUCAGUCAUCAAGGCUGCCAGGAUGGCUGCCCCUCGUGUCAUCCACUUCAAGAGGGACGACAAGGCGUUCUUCUUACCCAGCCUGGAUAUUGUGGAAGUUCUGGCAUGCCAGCUGGGGAAUUACAUUAACAACUCGAAGCUGAUCUGUGAAACGCUGGAAACAAGAGAGAAAAAUUCCAACUUCUCCGAGGAUAGCAUCUCUGAGGAUAGCAAUGAGGAAUUCAUUCAGGAAGAAUCCAUUCUUGACCAUUUGAAACAGCUAAUAGAUUUAAGGAAUGACCCGGAUCUGAGGUUGACAUUCCUCUUCCAAGAUGCGGCGGAAACUUUUAUUGAUGAGUUCAGCAAGCGUCAUACCAGGAUGGAGCAGUUCCUGUUUGAUCUGGAGGAGACAGAAAAAAAGCUGGAUAAAAUGCAACGUGGUGCCAGUAUCUCUAGUGUAGCUAGCAACUCAGUAGCGGUGGCAUCGGGGAUAUGUUCCAUUGUUGGUCUGGCCUUAGCUCCAGUCACCGGAGGUGCUUCCUUGGCUCUCACUCUGACUGGGGUUGGUCUAGGGGUUACCGGCGGUGUGAACAGUCUGGUCACUGGCAUCACAGAUGCAGUGGUCAACAGUCGCCAUAGAAAGAAAGCUGAUUAUAUCUUCACGAAUUACAAGGAGGAUAUGGAGAAGCUUAGUGUGUUAUUGGUGGAGGUAGCAGAUUCUAAGGGAUCUGUAGGGUCAGAUAGGAAAGGCAUUAGAAGGGCAUUAGAAGUAGGGAAGGCUGGAUAUAGGGUUGGUGCCAUUGCAAAGAAGAUAGAUUCAUUAGUAGAUGGUGCCUCGGCUGUGAAAGUCCUUGGAAGUAAGGAUGUGGUUAAGAUUGGAAAGGGUUUCAAAGGAACACCACUGGCCCUUACUCAGGCUGCACGAUAUGGCUUAAUUGGUCUCAAUGUACUUUGCAUUGGUUUUGAUGGCGUCAUGAUAGGCAGAGAAAGUGUCAGUCUGUCCAAAAGGGGAAAAAAUGAAUUUGCCCAGAUCAUCCGGUCCAGGGUAGAUCUGUGGCGCUCCGAGCUGGAGUCUUGGUCUAGGAUCCACGAGUCUUUGAGAAGAGGGACCAAGAGCUUCAUGGAUGUAAUGGAUGUGACAGUUUUGCGUUGAAUUGCCAAUCUACUUUAGUUUUGUAAAUGGUCAAGACAACAAUAGAGGACUUGGUGUUUUUACACGUUAAAUAACUAUUUUUAUGUAAUGUGUAACGUGAGCCCAGCAGCGGAGAGCAGAAGUCAUGAGGAGCCUUGGGAGAUGACAUGCCUGCCAUGAAUUUCCGGUGGUUACGGAUUGUUCUCUUGUCCCGUGUUUGGUUCAAGUUGUACGCAGUUGGCUGACAUGAAUCAAUGAUGUUAGGUAGCCUACUCUGAUCUGAUUGGGUCAAUGACUAGGACUAUAUCCGUGGAUGUGCCCGAGAAGACUAACAGUUAAAAUAAAAGUCUAUCAACGUCAAUCAGUCAACAGCGUAGUAAAUGUCCCACCGUCUAAAUUGCCUAAAUAGGCCUACUGAGAAGUACUAAAAGUAGCCAGCAGCCAGACCA